CGCGUGCGCGCGUCCCCCCUUUGGCCCCCUACCCUGCAGCAAGGGUUGCGUGACGUAAUGCAACCUCAGCAUGUAAGAGCGACAUAAAGCGAGACGAGGCGGAGCGCCUCUCUGAUGCAGAGUAGCUUGUGAUUGGCUCAGGCUGCGGAACCUCGGAAACCCGAAAGCAAGGACCUUCCAGGUCCAAGGCUGCCGCCUCCCGCAGCAGUUCAGAGCUCGGCCUCAGUCUGACUGGCGGCGGGGAAGGCGGUGGCGCUUGCAGCCGGUGGCGGAGGUGACAGGUAAAGAACAUUUUCCCAAAGAAAAUGCAUUACUUUGAAGGCAAAAAGUAAGAAAUUUUGCAAAAUUCAUUUUACAAUCCAUAAGAAUAUCUACAGUUUCUUCAGUCCACUUGUGUAAAGGAAGCAGUCAUGUUUCAUGAGUCCUCAAAACUGUGAGACAAGAGAAUAUAGUAGAGUGAGGCCAGAAGUCCUUACUGGUUCAAAGAACUCCGGGGAAACUUGUGAUAGAACAUUUUGCAUUAUAAGUAGAACCCCAGAAGCCAGAGGUGAAUACAAUAUCUGCAGAGCUCCGCUGCAGGGCUGAUCUGGUUCUGGAAGAAAUGGAUGAGAGCUACUGGAUGAAAUUCACUAAUACUAGACAUCUGAGUCUUCUAGUAUUUGUGAAUGAACUUUGCUAAGGAUGGAUUCAGGUGGUGGAAGUCUUGGAUUGCACACUUCAGAUGCGAGAAUGGCCCAUACCAUGAUUAUGCAGGAUUUUGUGGCUGGAAUGGCUGGUACUGCACAUAUCGAUGGAGACCAUAUUGUUGUUUCAGUUCCUGAAGCUGUGUUAGUUUCUGAUGUUGUCACAGAUGAUGGGAUAACUCUUGAUCAUGGCCUUGCAGCUGAGGUUGUCCAUGGGCCUGAUAUUAUCACAGAGACUGAUGUAGUAACAGAAGGUGUGAUCGUUCCUGAAGCGGUACUUGAGGCUGAUGUUGCCAUUGAAGAAGAUUUAGAGGAAGAUGACGGAGAUCAUAUUUUGACUUCUGAACUAAUUACAGAAACUGUUAGAGUACCUGAGCAGGUGUUUGUAGCUGAUCUUGUUACUGGUCCUGAUGGACAUUUGGGACAUGUGGUCCAAGACUGUGUUUCAGGUGUUGACUCUCCCACAAUGGUAUCAGAAGAAGUUCUAGUAACCAAUUCAGAUACAGAAACUGUGAUUCAAGCAGCUGGUAGUGUUCCUGGUUCUACUGUUACCAUAAAAACUGAAGAUGAUGAUGAUGAAGAUGAAGAUGUCAAGAGCACUUCUGAAGACUACUUAAUGAUAUCUUUGGACGAUGUGGGAGAGAAGUUGGAGCAUAUGGGAAACACACCAUUGAAAAUUGGUACUGAUGGUUCACAAGAAGAUGUUAAAGAAGAUGGAUUUGGUUCAGAAGUGAUAAAAGUAUAUAUAUUUAAAGCAGAGGCUGAAGAUGAUGUUGAAAUAGGUGGGACAGAAAUUGUCACAGAGAGUGAAUACACCAGUGGCCAUUCUGUAGCUGGAGUGCUUGACCAGAACCGAAUGCAGCGAGAGAAAAUGGUUUACAUGGCAGUUAAAGAUUCUUCCCAAGAAGAGGAUGAUAUCAGUUAUCCUGAAAUAUCAAAUGACCUGAACAUGGAAGUCAUUGUAGGGGAAGAGGAAGGAAGUCUCCUUGAGAUUCAGCUUGAGGACUCUGGUGUUAAUAAAACAGUUUCCCCUGUUGUCUAUCCUGCAUCAUAUGAUGAAAGAAGAGUUUCCCGAAGGUAUGAAGAUUGCCAAGCGACAGGAAACACUUUUGACUCAGCAUUAGAAAACAGAAGCACUACAGCAGCUCAGUACCUUCAAAUUUGUGAUAACAUUAACACAAAUAAAGUACUUAAACAAAAAAUCAAGAAGAGGAGAAGGGGAGAAACAAGGCAGUGGCAAACAGCUGUUAUAAUAGGUCCUGAUGGACAGCCCUUGACAGUAUACCCUUGCCAUAUUUGCACAAAAAAGUUUAAAUCCAGGGGAUUCUUAAAAAGACAUAUGAAGAAUCAUCCUGAUCAUUUGAUGAGAAAGAAAUAUCAGUGUACAGAUUGUGACUUUACAACUAACAAGAAAGUGAGUUUCCAUAACCACUUAGAAAGCCAUAAGCUCAUAAACAAAGUUGAUAAAACCCAUGAAUUUACAGAAUACACCCGAAGAUACAGAGAAGCUAGUCCACUAAGUUCAAAUAAACUCAUUUUAAGAGACAAGGAGCCGAAGAUGCACAAGUGCAAGUACUGUGAUUAUGAAACUGCUGAACAAGGACUGUUAAAUAGACAUUUGCUGGCUGUUCAUAGCAAGAAUUUCCCUCAUGUUUGUGUUGAGUGUGGAAAGGGUUUUCGUCAUCCUUCUGAACUCAAGAAACAUAUGAGAACCCAUACUGGUGAGAAGCCAUAUCAGUGUCAGUAUUGUGUCUUCAGGUGUGCAGAUCAAUCAAAUUUGAAAACUCACAUUAAGUCUAAACAUGGUAACAACUUGCCAUAUAAAUGUGAGCAUUGUCCUCAAGCAUUUGGUGAUGAAAGAGAGCUUCAACGCCAUCUGGAUUUGUUUCAAGGACAUAAAACACACCAAUGUCCUCAUUGUGAUCAUAAGAGCACCAACUCAAGUGACCUUAAGCGGCACAUCAUAUCUGUCCAUACCAAGGACUUUCCUCACAAGUGUGAAGUCUGUGAUAAAGGUUUCCAUCGUCCUUCAGAGCUUAAAAAACACAGUGAUAUUCAUAAGGGUAGGAAGAUUCAUCAGUGUAGGCAUUGUGACUUUAAAACAUCAGAUCCAUUUAUUCUUAGUGGUCAUAUCCUUUCAGUUCAUACUAAGGAUCAGUCAUUGAAGUGUAAAAGGUGCAAGAGAGGAUUCAGACAACAGAAUGAGCUCAAAAAGCACAUGAAGACACAUACUGGAAGGAAGAUUUACCAAUGUGAAUAUUGUGAAUACAGCACCACAGACGCAUCUGGCUUUAAACGGCAUGUGAUUUCAAUACAUACAAAAGACUAUCCACACAGGUGUGAAUUCUGCAAGAAGGGAUUCAGGAGACCGUCAGAAAAAAAUCAGCAUAUAAUGAGGCACCACAAGGAGACUCUUAUAUAGUAAGAUCAAUAUAAAGAAAGAAGGUAUUUACAAAAUAAGAUUUACUAUUUGGAAAGAAAAUCUCACUGUUUUAUCUGAUUUAAAAGCUUGAUAUCAAGUCUUAACUUUACAUUCUUUGUAUUAAAGAUCUUAAAAUAUUUGGAGUAGAAGGGAGAUCUUAUAGCCCUUUGAAAAUUAAAGAAUUUAAGAAGUACUAUAGGAUGGUUGCAGAUGAACUUAACUGUGUAUUUGACAGUAUUAUAUGCAUAACUAAACUACAGAGGGGAAAGUUAAGAAAGACACCUUAUUUGAUUGGUCACACUAGAGAUAAGUGUUUCUAAAAGGAGAAUAUAAUUGAUUUAGAAAUGCUUUGCUGUAGCAAGCAUCCUCACUUUUAUGCAAUUUUAGAAAUGGGUGGGGAAAGAAAAUGCAGUCAUCCAUCCGUCACUUAGUCACUGAACCUUUUAUAUUGUACUUGGACAUUGGAUUCUAGAAAUGGCAAAUGUUUUGUGUAUUCAUUACAAGGAAUCUCAUUGAAAAAACAAGUUACAUUAAUUCAGUACUAGAAGAGAGAGAGAGAGAGAGAGAGAGAGAGAGAGAGAGAGAGAGAGAGAGAGAG